AUGUUAUUUGAAGCUGCUUUAAAGCAAACAAAAACGCUUAUCAGUCCCGUUAAAGAUACUUUGCCUCCUUUUCCUACUCCUGAAGACAAAAUACUAGUAAAAACAGAAGGCGAUAAGAUUAUUAUAGAAACAAAAAUAAACAGUAAAGCCGAAGACCAUGUCUUUAUAGCGAAGUCUCCGAAGAAACUUGAUAACAAAUUGGGUGGAAAAAUAAGUAGGAGCUUCGAAGAUCAGAAAGCGACAAAUACUAGCAAUAAAAUAAAUAAAAGUAUGGAUGACAAAAACAGUCAAUCACUAGAGGAUAAGUUUGACGAAAUUGCGGCGUUGACUAAGUCUCCGAAAACCUUAUCCAAAAAACAAGAAAUAAAACAACAGAUAGAGGGUAAAGUAGUUUAUCAGAAAGUACAUCCUAGUGUUAAAUCGAAAAGUUUGGAUCGUAAGGUUGAGACCCACCUCGAAGCCAAAAUAAAAUCAAAAAGUUUGGAUAGAAACUACGUUACACCUUCCACGCUCAUUCAAUCCGAGCCCAGUGUUGUUAAUGCGAAUAAGCAUUAUAAACAGGAGAUCGUUAAAGUUGAUGUUCACUCUGCAGUCAACGAAGAAGACUUCGUUGUAAACAAAGACGGUGAAAGAGACUUAUCGCCUUCUCACAGCUACAAGGAAAAAACAGAGGAUGAUUCCUGGCUUACAAAUUCACAAAACACUGUCAUCGAAAAUGAUACUCAGACUGUUAUAAUGGAACGAAGAAAAAUCGAAAUUUAUAACAAACAACGCCAACAUGAACUCCGCGAAAGCAAAAGUGACAAAGAUGUUCACAGCUUAUUUACAGGGAAGAAACCGGAAGUUACACGAUUGACAAGCGAAGAAGAAUCAUUGACCGAAGUCAGCGAGUUGAAGAUGUCUGAUGAAAGUAAUAUGUUAGGCUUGUCGUUGCCAUAUAUAGAUGCUGAUAGUUCUUCUGAUCAAGAUCAAACGAUCAAAGAUAAAAAGGCGAAGUUGUGUCGUGGAAGGAGCGAUGAUACAGGUUCUUGGAUGACGGUCGAUUAUGAUGAAUAUACCACGGAAACGGAUAUUCUCUUAUCGGAUGCAAGUAAAAGCGGAAAAGCUUUAGAACCGCAAAGCACAUUCGACGAAUCUUCAGCUAGUUUAAUUGAAUUUCUAAAACAUGAAAAUAUGUCACAAAUCCCUGAUAACGAUUUGGAUAAUGCUAGCCAAUUAAAGGAAAAUUCGACUAAAAUCGAUUUAUCUCUUAAAUUUAAAAAUAAGAAUAAAAUUAUCGUCACUCCACCUCAAGAAAAUAGCCCUACUGUUGAAAAUAUUCCAUUUAUCGAUUCGAGCGUAUCGAAAUCGGUGCAUAAAUCUGAGUCUGGUGACCAAACGGGUAGUUCAGGAAGUACAAAUGAUAUUUCACCUACUGAGCAGAGAAAUGAACAGAGAACUUUAUUGACAGCGAGAUCAAAACGAAGUGAACUAUUAAAGUUAAGCGCCGAGCGAUCUAGGAGUUCCGAGUCGACUUCGUGGACUAGUAUAGAAAAAGAUAUAAGUCCAUCUAGUGCAAAUAUUAAGGGCAGCUCAAUUGAUGAUGAAUCGAGUGUCAGUUGUUCGAUCGCUAGGCCUUUAGGUAUAUCUCAAGAUAUCGAGAAGCUCAAUAAAAAAGAUCGAGAGUGCUUAGAGGAACUCAAACAAGCAAUGGAAUAUGGUGAAGAACAUCUGCUGUCACAACAUACGUUCUCCAGUGAGCAUUCCAAGUCGAACUCGAAAUCUCCCUCUCCUGUCCCGGAACUGGGUCGCAUUGAAAGCCCGCGGAGUCCUUCUAAGUUUGGGACGAGAAAAUCGCCGACACCCACAUUAGAGAAGCAGGGGCCAGUUGAUUCUCAAAAAGCACCCACAGAUUCUGAAUCCAGUUCAGAGAGCUUAGAUAAAACCGUAGAACAACUGACAAGACCUAGUAUCAGAAAAAGUGGCUUAGAUAAGAUUGGUAAAUGUGUUAUUGAGGAAUCAGAAUCUAGUCAGUCUGCAGCAUCUAAAGAUUCUGAAAUAAAGAAGGAAUUAGAAAGAACCGUUAAGAAAACUAAAAUUGCUAUUACUAUUUCUCAAGAGGAUCAAAAUACUACGAUUGAUUUUGAUGAUGACGGAAAUGUAAUAACAUCGUCGUUUGAGCGCGAGAUAAUGAAAAAGAGGGCUCUGAAAGAUACCGAUCAAAAAAGUUCUUCUAAAUCUAGUAUUGACACGACCACCACGACACCCUCCAAAGGUUCGCUGAGUGUCGACGAUUCCUCAUCCCGUAGAAAAUGUCGCCUUGAUGAACAGAAAAGUUCAUCGAAAUCAAGUAUGGAUUCACGGGGCUCUCUGAGCGUCGAGUCCAGAGGAUCGUUUGAAACUACCGAGUCUACUUCUGGUUCUUUAGGUGAAGCGUAUAGAAGAGGGGAAGAAUUAAAACCGACUUGGCGGCCUUUCUUUGGUGCUUCGGGAAGUGAGAAUAGUACAAGCAUCGAAGAGGCUUGGAUACCUCAAGAUCAUGAGGGCUAUGAAAGCUUAAAUCUCAACAAAGACAUGUUUGAUUAUGGAAAUCAAAGAAUACUAGAUGACUUUCAAACUUUUGCUAAAAACCCUCCUCUAUCUGCAAAUACAUCAAAAGACUCUACAGAUGCCGAUUUUACAGAUGAUUUGAACGAUUUUCCUGUUAAUUUUCUAUAUCCAGCUACUUCUUCUACUAGUUCUGAUGUCGUGAUUGGAUACGGUCAAAAUUUUGGACGAACUUUAUCCAGAAUAUCUGAACGUAGCACAGCUUCUGAAAAAACAAGCGCUGAUGAGGAUUCAACAAAGGCCUGCUCGAGAUCAGAAAGCAUUAAUGAAGAAUCGCUAAAUUCAAGCGAUCACCAAGCUAGCCUCAGUUCCGAUCCUCCUAGUAACGCUAACGUCGCAUAUAUUUCAGAUACCGAUAGAAGAACAUCAGCAGAAAUGCCAGACAUUCCUAUUGAUCAAAGCAAAAUAAGCGAAAUGUACACCGAAUCUAAGAAAGAAAAGGAGAAGUCGAAAAAGUAUGAGGACCCCUCAAUUCAAGGUAAAACUGGGAACCACCCUAUUAAAAAAAAGUCAAGUGCUAUACCACCAUCAAAACAAUCUUCUGCUAGUGAAAGCCAAGAUUCUGAGGACUGGCCAUUACCUGAUCUACCACCACAAACAGGACAAAGGCAAAAUGAACUCCCCGAGGUAACGAGACAAAGGUCUAGUGACAUGGAUGAAGUACCUUCUCUCCCUUCUAGUGAAGGAGUCUUAAAAAGUCCCAUUGUAGAAAAAGUUCAAGUUUAUUACAUGAGCAAUGAACCAGAACAAGCGACUAAGGUAACUCUUCAGUCGGAAAGUUCUAAAGCACACCUGGGAUCAGAUGAUGACAGUGAUACCUUGAAUAACGAUGAUGAAUUAGAGAGGGACGUCCAAGAGUCUAAGUCUGACAAAUCUCCAGAGCCAACAUUGGACGUUCCAAAUAAGACUCAAAUUAUUCCUUAUGAUAAGUCCGGGUACAUGGUUGAACCGUUAGAUGAUCCGGAACAGGGAUGUCCGACGACCAAAGGGGCGAUACCGAACUAUGAUAAGUCCUGUUUAAGCGGCACAAUAACGAAAGCUACUUGUUUUAUGGGUGACGUCGGAUCUUGUUGCAUCAGCACAGAUCACAAGUCAUUUGCUAAUAAAAGCAAUAUUGAAGAUAAGGUUAUUAUGAGCCAGCCACAAAAAUCUCCAACGAACCAUAGUCCCAUAUACGAAGACGAACAUGCUUACACGGAUGAUGUAUUUGGUGUUGACAGCAAAAGCUUAUCACCAGAUUUCGACAAAGGAUUCUCCCAACUUAGUGGCGCGAAAAUUUCUUGCGGGUCGAAUAAUUCCGAUACUUCUAUAGACGAUCUUCUGUCGCAGACUAACGCCGAUGAUACAGUUCGUGCACUUGCUAAAUUAAGUAUUAGUAGUGCGGGAGCUUGUAAACGUUGCAGUCACAGCAGUCAUUCUGAAGAAGAGACUAGUUCCUUUGGCACGGAUUUGGAUGGCACAGUGAAAAUAGGCGUACCUAAAAAAAAAUGUACUCACAGCUCUCAUUCUGAAGAUACCUCUAUAUGCCUCAGUAUUUCUGAAUGGUCGACUGGAACUAAUACUGUUCGCCAAUAUGCAAAUUUAUCUGCAUCUGAAAGUAUUUCAGCAGUUUCAAUACCAAAAAGUGAAAAAUCUGACAACACAACUCCUAAAUCGUUUACCGCAUCACACCCGAGUAAGAAAUUAGAACAAAAAGUUGGAUCACAAACUGAAAUAAGUUCCAAAAGCAGUAGUCUCGAGAAAAGUUCAGAGAAUAAUAUAAAAUAUGACAAGCUUUGCAGCUCUGAUACUAACAUAUCUAAAAAGGGAAUGGAUAGUAGUUCUGGAACAAAGAGUGACAGUACUUUGACACUGGCCCAAUCUAUAUCAGAGUGGUCUGCGAGUACGAGUCACACUCUUGUCGCUACGGCUCGUGAAGACCAGACGGGUGUAGAACCAUUGGCCUGCACUAAACCUGAAACAAUUAUCAUCAGAGAGCCCAGCAUCGACGAAGACCUUGAACUGGAUAUGAUAGAUGAUGAUAAACUAUCUCCAACUAGAGAUAUUCAAGAUAUAGACGAAGGCACAAAACCAACUUUUACUAGAUAUUUAUCAACGAGUUCUGCUAAACCUGAAAAGUCUUCAUCAAUUAGUUGCAGUGACAGGUCGGAUAAAUCAAGUUCUAGCUCUUUGAGUAGUCUCCAAAGACACGCGAAUGGAAUUUUUAGAAUCGACCAAAGACUCAAAGGCUACCCUUCAUCUUAUGACCUAUCACAAGAUCGUUACCUCAAAACCGCAUCUAAAAGCCUCAGCUGCGAAGAACAUUCUCAAAGGCAGACGCGUCCAACUCUGAGAUGCCAAAGCGAGGACGGCGGCUUUAAACCUUAUUAUGGAAGUUCACAACCCGAAAUCGAUAUCGAUAUUCCUUCUCAAUUGUACAGUCAAGAAGAAAAGCACACUGAACGCUAUCAAAGCCAAGAAUUUUCCAACAUUAUUCAUGAAGAAUCGGGCGGUCAGUUCGCGAGAUCCGAGUAUAAACCCUUGGCCAAACAUGCCAGUUACGACGACAAGACGCUAUCGAAAAACCAGAUAAAAGAGUAUAAAACUUCCCAGCAAUAUCGCAGCAAACCUAAAAGUUGGUCUUUCCACGAGCACUAUUUGAGCGCAGCCGACCUCCCCGUGAUAGCCGUACCUGAUUUGCCUCCCAUCCACAGAGACUUCAAGGAAAAAAAAUCCACCGAACGGUCCGGUAAAACUCCUCUCUCCAGGUGUUCCCCUUAUUACUCCAGCAGUCUUAGUUCUGAAUCUCCUCCGAUACAACCGCUGAAAGCUCCAGUUAAAAAGACGUUGCUCGUCAGAAAUAUUUCGCUCAAAAGUCCGCCGAGCGGAAACGACACCGACAGUUCUCUGGACGUCAUCAGAGAUCCUCGGGAAAGAAUGAAAACGUUCAGGCGGAAGAAACAGGUGACGACCGCUCGCAGAAGGCAAGAAAAAAUACAGGACGUGUUAGAGGAAGAUUCCACGAAAAGUCAAUGCUCCUCGGAGAGCGACAAGUUUAAGAGUGGAACAUUCCUGGCGGUCGACGACACAUUCCGGAGGAUGGAUAGCUCGGAGUGCUCGGACAGCUACGUCCCCGAAGUGGAAUCCGGCUCCUCGGAAAUGUCCAAGGCCGACGCGCACGAGGUUAGCUGCUCCGACGACGAAGCGCAGCACGAGUACGUCGAUUACAAGACCUCCGCUUACGAACAAAACUUCUCCGUUAACAUUGCGCCGGUGCAGUUUCAAGGCUUCGGAUCUUCCGCGGACGAAGACGAAAUGGGCUUUCCCAGGUUCGACAGAUUGGGACGACUGCGUCACCCGUACCUCGAUUCCCAGGAACCGCCUUUCGUCCCGGAAGACAGUCCGCCGAGGACGUCGUACUCGAACAAGAGCAGUCGGCAGUCUUCCCUGAAAAGAGUCAAAUCGUGCGGCGGCUAUCGAGCGGACGAAAAAGCGAUCGGUGAAUCGUCCGGCCAGCGUCAGCCUAGGUCCUAUUACGAAGACCAGAGCGACAGGGAAGACUCCGACGACUACGCGUACCCUAUCGACACGAUAAAGAGAGCUCCUAAGAUGAAUAAAUCGUCCAGUUACCAAUUCGAGCGCGGGGAAUCGGUCGCCUAUUCGGACACGGAGCUGCCGCUCGAGAAGGACGACUACGAGGCGUACAGAGGUAGUCCGUAUCCGGAGCGGUACGGGGAGGGGGAACUGUUCGAAACGCAGGAGUGUUAUCCUCAGUUCGAUCGCGACGUAGGAAGCGGCGAAGUCGGCGAAGACCGUUUCGCUCGAGACCUCGACCAGCGCUUCAGCUUAAACAACGUCGAGCGCUUCUAUUCCAGCCACUACGUGGACUCGCAGGCUUCCAGCGAUAGCCCCGAGCAGAAAUUCGACGUUUCCACUUUGCCUCCCCCGCUGUGUUCCGACGAAGAACGCGACUAG